AUGGAGAAAAUAUAUGCAGAUGCACUCCCUCUGACUACGAAUUCCCCAGAAAAGCAAGAGAUUGUCUGCAUUUUUGGAACAGGGGAUUUUGGAAAAUCCCUGGGAUUUAAAAUGCUUCACUGUGGUUAUUCUGUUGUUUUUGGGAGUCGAAAUCCCCAGGUGUCUAGCCUUCUGCCCAGGGGAGCAGAGGUUUUGAGCUAUUCCGAUGCUGCAUCAAAGUCUGACAUCAUAAUCCUGGCCAUGCACAGAGAGCAUUAUGAGAGCCUCACAGAACUGGUUGACUCUCUCAAUGGAAAAAUAUUGGUAGAUGUCAGCAACAACCGUAAAAUCAAUCAGUAUCCAGAAUCGAACGCUGAAUACCUUGCUCAGUUGGUGCCAGGAGCCCAUGUGGUCAAAGCAUUUAACACCAUCUCAGCCUGGGCCCUCCAGUCAGGAACACUGGAUGCAAGUCGGCAGGUGUUUGUCUGUGGAAAUGAUAGCAAAGCCAAGCACAGAGUGAUGGACAUUGCUCGUACUCUUGGACUCACUCCCUUGGAUCAAGGAUCUCUGGUGGCAGCGAAUGAAAUUGAGAACUACCCUCUGCAGCUGUUCCCGAUGUGGAGGCUUCCUUUCUACUUGUCCUCUGUGCUGUGCGUCUUCUUCUUUGUGUACUGUGCUGUACGGGAAGUGAUAUACCCCUAUGUGAAUGGGAAGACGGACGCCACAUUCCGUCUGGUUAUUUCCAUCCCGAACCGUGUCUUUCCUAUAACAGCACUGAUCCUGCUUGCUUUGGUAUACCUCCCUGGUGUUCUCGCUGCCAUCCUGCAGCUCUACCGAGGUACAAAGUACCGCCGCUUCCCAAACUGGCUCGACCACUGGAUGCUUUGCAGAAAGCAGCUGGGCUUGGUAGCUCUGGGAUUUGCCUUCCUUCAUGUCAUCUACACACUUGUGAUUCCUAUCCGUUACUAUGUACGAUGGAGACUGAGAAACGGAACCAUUACACAGGCCCUGGCUAAUAAAGACAGCCCAUUUAGUACCUCUACUGCCUGGCUUAAUGAUUCCUACUUGGCGCUGGGAAUCCUGGGAUUUUUUCUCUUUCUUCUCUUGGGAAUCACUUCAUUGCCAUCAGUAAGCAACUUGGUCAACUGGAGAGAGUUCAGGUUUGUCCAGUCCAAACUGGGUUAUCUGACCCUGGUCUUGUGUACGGCCCACACUUUGGUGUAUGGUGGAAAGAGAUUCCUCAGCCCUUCGAUACUAAGGUGGAGCCUUCCCUCAGCCUACAUCUUAGCCCUCGUGGUCCCUUGCACGGUGCUGGUGAUGAAGUUCAUCCUCAUACUGCCGUGCAUAGACAAGACCCUCACACGAAUCCGACAGGGCUGGGAAAGGAACACACAGCACUCCAAAUCAGCACUGAAUGGAAAAUCAGAUAUUUAAAACAAAGUUGAAUUUGCAGAGAUUCCUGAACUAUCAUAGCGAAUGUUAGAGACUAUAUCCAGUUAAGAAAGCAUUCCCUCUUGUCAUGGUCUCGGGUUUAUCUUCACAGGAGGAAGAGAUCAACACCCACUGCCUCAUCUUAGGUAGUGACUCACUGCAGGCCUCUCUCACUUCCUUUCCCAGGAACCCCAGGGCUACCAUCAUGAUUAGGUUUGUAGUUUCAUACUGUGAAACUUCUGAAUUAUGGGCAUGCAUGAUGCAAUGUUUUUCAAAGUGCUGGAAGAGUGUAUGCAACUUCCUUCUCU